GUCCAAUUUUUAGUGUCAUCAAUUUUUUUUCUGUUACAUUAUAUAAUGCAUGCAGGGCACCUGUCUGCUUAUUUUGUGCAUUAAUGUUGAUUUUUGUGACUAGUCUGGGGUACUACUACUGUCUUAUUUAUUAUCAAACUAGUGCUUAGCAAGAAGAUAUAUCAAAGUAUGGAUGGUGGCGGUGGCUGUUCCAAGGACAUGACGGUGGAGUUUGGAGAUGAACCCCAUGUUUUAGCUGUGGAUGAUAAUCUCACUGAUAGAAAACUGGUGGAGAAGUUACUCAAAAGCUCCUCCUGCAGAGUAACUACAGCAGAGAAUGGGCUGAGGGCAUUGGAAUAUUUAGGAUUGGCAAAUGAUCAGAGGAAUGCCAUGGAUGGUACCGUUUCAAAAGUAAAUCUUAUAAUAACAGAUUAUUGCAUGCCUGGAAUGACAGGAUUUGAGCUGCUUAAGAAAAUCAAGGAAUCAGUUCUGAAGGAGGUUCCUGUUGUGAUCAUGUCAUCUGAAUAUAGCCCUACUCGGAUUAGCCAGUGCUUAAAGGAAGGUGCUCAGAUGUUCAUGCUGAAGCCCCUGAAACAGUCAGAUGUUAAGCAAUUGAAACGCCAUUUGAUGAAAUGCAGCAGCUGAAAUUUAUUUUCUUAGGACAAAAUUGGCCAUGACCAAGAUUAGUGUAUGGGAAAGAUUUGUAAUGAUAAUUACUGUACACACAUCAUUUUCAAUCUUUCAAACCAAAAGUUUCACUUAGUU